UCAUGGCUUACUACCUUAACGAGGGAAUAGUAGAGUAUUGUUGUAUCUUUGGUUGGGUGCUUGUACAUUUCUCCUCCUCCAUCCUCAUGAACAAAAGGCUUUCCAAAUUGAGAUUUACCUCCAUACAAGAAUCCUAAAUCCACAACUGGACCAUUUCGUUUUGUUUGAUACAAAUGGCGGAUGUUGGUGCACAAUCUCAGCUGAUCCCUAAUCUCCCAGACGACAUAGCCUUACAGUGUCUAGCAAGAAUCCCCCGUUCCCAUCACCCUACACUGUCUCUCGUCUCCAAAUCUUGGCGGUCCACCUUAACUUCUUCCCCUACACUCUACAACACCCGAUCACUCAUCCGUACUACCGAAACUUUCCUCUACUUAAGCCUCCGUAUUAACUCCACUUUCCACUGGUACACUCUCGUCUCCCACAAAUUGUUGUUUCCAGUUUGUUCAAUGCCCGUUAAGCCGAUUGGACCGGCUUUUGCUGUAUUGGGAUCCAAGAUAUAUGUGAUUGGUGGAUCUAUUGGUGAAAUACCGUCGAAUAAUGUGUGGGUUUUUGAUUGUAGGUUUAAUUGUUGGGAAAUGGGACCGAGGAUGAGGAUUGGUAGAGAGUUUGCUGCGGCUGGUGUUGUGAAUGGGAAGAUUUAUGUGAUGGGUGGGUGUGUGGUUGAUAAUUGGGCGAAGUCGAUGAAUUGGGCUGAGGUUUUUGAUCCCGCAACGGGGUUAUGGACUGCGUUACCGAGUCCGAUUGAAGUUAGGGAUAAGUGGAUGCAUGCUACUGCGGUUGUGGGGGCCAGGGUUUAUGCGAUGACGGAUAGGGGAGUAGUGGUGUAUGAUGUUGAAGGGUGUCAAUGGGGGACUGUGUCGAAAAGGCUUGAUUUGGGUUGGAGAGGACGGGCUGUGGUGGUGGGAGGGGUGCUGUAUUGUUACGAUUAUUUGGGUAAGAUUAUAGGGUAUGAUGUGAAGGAAGAUGUAUGGAAAGAGUUGAGAGGGGUGGAUAAGGGGUUGCCAAAGUUUUUUUGUGGUGCUACGAUGGUGAAUUUCGAUGAUAGGUUAUGUGUUGUGUGGGAAGGAAAAGGGAGCGGCAAGGAAGUUGAUAUUAUGUGUGCGGAGAUUCAAGUGCAGAGGGAUGAGGAUGGAGGGUUGAGUGGGAACAUUUUGUGGUCGGAUAUGAUUCUUGUUGUUCCUAAUGGUGCCUCAAUUGUGCAAUGCUUGGCAGUUGAUUUGUGAUGAUUACUAUAAAUAAGGAUUCCAGCCAGAGACUCAAAUGCAUUUCUCUCAACUUCACAGUUUGUAACGACAAUAUGUUGAAUAUUGUGGACUUCCUAGCACCAAGAUCCAUUCAUUUCCCUACUGACAAAACAAUGCAUUCGGUCAGACAUGUUUGAAAUACUCAGUUGUCUUCGAACAACUACUAGCAGACCUCGUUGGCUGUAUGAUUCUUCACUGUCCAAAAAUAGUCUCUUGUGUUCAAAAUGGGAAAAUACUACUACAGAAUCUCAGUGUACAAAAUCUCCUGCAUCAUAAUGUCAAGGAACAAAACUUUUUAAAAGCAGGAUUGCCUCGGAUUAAUGCAGACACUUCACAGGUUUGCUUUGGUAGUUUCACUUUGACAUUGUAAUUCUGACAUGGAGUUUUUCAUUGCUUACAUGCAUAUUUUCUUGUGAGAUAAAUGAAACAAUCUCUGGCAAAAAUGCAAUGCAAGGCCGCAUGCAAUAGACCCUUUCCUUUGGUCAA